CCUGUGGUGCAACCAAAGCCUCGCAAUCUGUCAAAUGGAACACCCAGAUCGCCCUCCUUGCGUCAAGAAUUUCUACCUACACCGAAAGAAGGUAUGAAACACUUGCCGUACUCAACCUCUCAGACGGGCCUGGUGUACGACGUUCGGAUGAGAUUCCACGUCGAGGUCCGACCUGAGGUCAACCAAGGAGUUCACCCAGAAGAUCCACGGCGUAUUUACGCCAUCUACAAGGAGUUGGUAGACGCCGGCCUAGUCGACGAUCCUAAAACAAUCAGUCCAGCCCCUUAUGUCCUUGCGCGGAUACCAACAAGAUAUGUGACCAAGAGAGAAGUAUGUGCUGUACACACAGAAGAUCACUACAAUUGGGUCAUCAGUCUUGAGACCUGGGACAACGAUCUUCUUCACGAUGCUGGCCAGCAGAUGGACAGCAUCUAUCUCUCAAGAAACACUCCCGUAUGUGCAAGGUUAUCAGCCGGAGGUGCGAUUGAAGCAUGUCGAGCUAUCCUUAACGGUCAUGUCAAGAACGCAAUCGCAGUAAUCCGACCUCCUGGUCACCAUGCAGAGCACAAGGAGCCAAUGGGGUUCUGCAUCUUCAACAACGUGCCCAUCGCAGUCAAAGCUUGUCAAGAAGAGUUUGGCGACAAAUGCCGCAGAGUCCUGAUCCUCGAUUGGGAUGUGCAUCACGGCAAUGGAGUACAGCAAGCUUUCUACGACGACCCGAACGUGCUCUACAUCUCUCUACACGUCCACCAAGGAGGGAAGUUCUAUCCUGCUGGGCCUGCAGGAGAUCAUCUGCACUGUGGUGAGGGCGCUGGAGGUGGACUGAAUAUCAACAUCCCAUGGCGCACAGCUGGUAUGACAGACGCCGACUAUAUCCUUGCCUUCCAAAAGAUCGUCAUGCCAAUUGCCCAAGACUUUAAUCCUGAUCUGGUCGUUGUUUCUGCAGGAUUCGAUGCGGCGGAAGGCGACAUGCUCGGAAAAUGCCAUGUCUCACCCGCCGGCUACAGUCAGAUGACACACAUGCUGAUGUCCCUAGCUGAUGGGAAGGUUGCCGUGUGUCUCGAAGGAGGAUACAACUUGAGAUCCAUUGCAGUCUCGGCCCUUGCAGUCACACGAACUCUGAUGGGCGAGCCGCCAGGACGACCAGUUACUACGAUUCCUACACCAUCCGCCAUUGACACUAUUGAGGAAGUGCUACGACAGCAAGCAAAGUGGUGGCCAUGCUUAUCCCAAGGCGACCAGUCGCGACAAUUAAAGCAGCAAUCUAGCGAACGAGUUCACGAUGUCGUUCGUAUGUACCAGGCCCAUUGGCUCUGGGAGAAUUUGGGAAUGUCCGAACUCUUUAUUGCCCACAGCAAGGCAUCAAAGAGUUUUGCAGGCCAAGUGCUAGCGACUAAGAACCACGCCGACGCACGCCCUCUCUUAGUCAUCUUCCACGAUCCUCCAAAACUCACUGGUUCAACCAAUCCUAGAACUCAGGCUUUUGAACUGCACAACACAUGGCUGACUGAUUCCGUGAAGCAAUACACUACAUGGGCCGUCGAUCAAGGUUUCUCUGUUAUGGACAUCAACAUACCGAAACAUCACACUGAGGCUGAAGACGACUAUGAACACGCCGAGCCAGCAGAUGAAGGUCGAAGAUCAGAUGAGACCGAAGUACUUGCCAAGUAUCUCUGGGACAACUACAUCGAGCUAAGCGAAGCAAGCCACAUAUUCUUUAUGGGCGUUGGCCAGGCAUACUCGAACCUUAUUGCCUUUUUGAAAAAGAACGACAGAUGCAGAGACCGGCUGACCAAGAUCAUCGGCUUCAUCUCCGACUCCUGCGUCUUACCCUCGUACAAAGCUUCUACGGAUGACUUCCUGGAUCGCUGGUACAGAGAUGCGUCGAGGAUAUUUGUCGCCGAUAACCACUAUGUCUGGGAGAGGCACAAGAACAAGCAACCGUCUAAGAAAUGGGGCAAUCUUGAAAGAAGCAAGUACAACGACAUGCAGGAGAUGCUUGCGAGCCACCAGAAGGAAGUCACGGGCAUCCUGACCAUCUCGACUGAAGACUGGCAGCAGGAAGUAGCUCCCGUGGUGGGCGCUAAUGAGGAGAUGUAAUGCACGACAAACGGAAGACUAUUUCGCAUCUUGUAGCGAGAGACAUACAUUACUGGUCGAGAUCAAUGCAUCAAGCAGGGAUUAACCAUACAUGCAGAUGCAACCUUGUUCGUGGUUAUGUUACCCUCAUACAACUGAUCCUGUGGAACCUAUUGUCUCUACUGUAGUCCGACAACUUGUUACCAUGGAUAGUCACCCUCCUUCAAUAUUGCAGGAGAAACAAGUGAAAC